AUGUUGAGACAGGCGAUCAGAAGGGCAUCGAGCUUGCCACCUCACGCUUUGAAGCCGGCAUACCCCAAUGCCAAUGCAGCUGCGGGCAAGGCAUUCUUGGAAUCUAUGAACGCUACCAAGGAGCAUGCAAAGCACACCACCAAGUUGUGGAUCAAGAUUUGGUACGUAGUGGGUAUCCCAGCUAUUGUAUUGACCGCGAUUAACACGUACUUUGUUGAGAUGGAGCACGCCGAACACCGGAAGCACUUGGCGCAUGUUCCUGAUGAGGAAUGGCCUGCGCAGUACGACUUCAUGAACAUGAGACUAAAGCCAUUCUUCUGGGGCAACGGUGACAGAACCCUAUUCUGGAACCCUGUUGUCAACAGAAACGUGAAGGACUGA